GAGGGUGUAUCAGGGUUUAAUUUGUAUUCGCAGUCGCCUACUGGAGAAAUCCACGCGAAGGAGAAGUCGCCGUCGAGCUCUGGGAAAUGGAGGGAGGCGGCGCCGGACGUUUUGUUGGUUGAUGCGAGCGAUGUCAAAUCCGAUCGCCAUUUCAUGCUUCCGAUCGACGGAUCGCGGCUUCUCUCGCACUCCAUUUCUUCCCUCGUUCUUCAAAUCGGAGCUUGAGCUGCGCGUGGAUUGGAUUUGGGAGGUGGUUCGUCGUCCCGUCGUUUGAUUUUGUUCUGGAUUUGGAGCGGUAAGCUCGAGAUCGGCUACAGUUUAUCAACCAAAGCCCUAUAACCAAAACUUGGUUCGGAGGGAUGAACUGUCUUCCGCAGAAAUUUUUGAUCUGAUAAGCGGAAAGAUCAGUUAUUUGAUGAAUUUGAGGCGUUCUCGGUCGGUGAGGCUGCUUUCCCCCAAUUCGCCGAUGAGUCCACCGCCGGCCAUCAGCACAGUCUACUGCUGCGUCGCCAAAGGCAGAAAGGUGAUCUAUUUCUACAACAACGCCGGCCAGGAGCUUGAGACCCUCGCCGCCGAGUGCCUUCAGAACGCCCCCGUCUUCCAUUACUGGUACUUCCACACCGCCGGAAUGAGGACCUUCGGCUUCUUAAUAGCCGACGGCUACACUUACUUUGCGAUCGUCGAUCCCAGCGCGGGGAGUUCGUGGGUCCUCACAUUCCUGGAGAACAUCAGGGCCGCCUUCAGGAAGUCCCCCAGGAACGAGUUGAUCUCGGUCAUCGAACACUUGGUGUCGACGCUCAAAUACACGCCUCGUUCCUCCUUUUUGAUCCGCGAUGACAACGGCGAGGGGAGCCAUGCUUCACCUUCAAGAAGAAGUGAGGAAGACGAAGAUGACAUGGUGAUGAUCAACAUGCCAAUGCAGCAAGAACUGGAGGUUGCACCCUUGCAGAGUUUGAGCUCAAAUAGGCCGCCGCGGUCGCAGCCAGUCGUCGGAUACAAACUGUGGUGGCGCCAUGUAAAGCUCAUCGUCUCCGCGGAUAUCAUCCUUUGCCUGGUCUUGUUUUCGAUUUGGCUAGCGGCCUGCAACGGUUUUCAUUGUGUUUCCAAGUGAUGAGCAAACAUAUCGAAUAUGUGACUGAAGAAGAUCCAGGUAUACACAUACAUACAUCUUGUGAAUUAUUGAUGUUUAUCAACUGAUUUUUUGCAUCCUUUGUUUGUGUCUCUUAAUUUGUAUUCUUCAGUUUAAUUCAAGUUGUUUGGUUGAUUCUGCUUGUUUUACUUAGUACAUUGAAGAUAAGAAGUUGGAGUAACAAUUUGGUUCUUGAUGUCAA